AUGGAACAUAUCAGUGAAAGGGUUCAAUGCGAGUCAAAGAAGGCUGGUGUGGUGUCUGAUAUGUACGAGAAGGACAAUCAGGCAAUCCUUCAAUGGAUAGAUGAUAACUUUGACACAAAGAAGUACAGUAACAAUAACAUUGGCGAAAGUGCAGGCAGCAGUACCUCUAGCAACAAUAAUAAUAGCAGUGACAAUGAUGUAGACAAUGGCCUGUCACAAACGACAAAGGCAUCAUUCGAUGCAUUGGUGCGCACAAUAUUUCAAUUCGAAGACAGGUACCCAAAGCGACCAUUCGAGGUCUACAUUGAUAUGGAUAUGGCACUCAAGGUACUGCUGCGUAGACACUAUCCCAUCACACCAGCAUCACACAACAUCAUUGCAGAGGACAAGAUCGCCAAUCAAAACCUCUUCCCCACUUGGAUCGAGGGUCUUGACAAACUGCACUCGACCGUGCCCAUCAAGGCACCCUUGUCUGGCACCUACAAGUACGAGGUGAUGGUGUCACGCACCCCCAUACAGCUAGGCUGGGCAGCAUGUUAUACAUUGGAGACUGGAAAUGAUGAUUCAGUACCAAACUCAUUUCAUUAUAUAAUGGCAUUUGUUGAAAAGACAAAGCCGAUGGACUCUAUAUUUUCAAGUGGCGAAGUGAUCAGCUGUCAGUUGGACCUUGAUAGCAUGGAGAUGACGACUUGGGCCACUCGAUUCUACUCGGUACAACCGAUCAAGGUGGACAGGACCAACAUCCCUCAUCAUGCUAGAGUGUUCUUCCUGCCCGUCCUAACAUUCAACAAGUCAAAGUGCUUCCCCAACUUUGGAUCAAUGCCCUUUGUCCUCUCCAAUCCACUGGCGCCAGCAAACACUCCCGAUCCCAAGGCAUUGUUCCAGAUCAAUGAGUCACGUCUAAAGCGACUUGAAUAUCUCUACAAGUCACUUUAUCGUUUGAUCAAGUUGACAAUACAUGGAUUUGUCGACAUGGAGAUGUUCAAACAUAUACUUCAAACUGUUAUGGCAGAGAUAUGCGAGCCAUCGAUCAAUCACUAUUGUAUCGCCAAUUGCCUGAUACCAAUCUUGGAGGAGGUUGUCAUCUUUCAUAGUAGCUUCUUUGCAAAGGUGAUGGGAGCAUUCGAGUCUGUUCUAAAGACAAACUCAUACAUUAUACUAUGCUCGGUGGUCAUCAGCAGAGCGGCCUUCCUCAAGAAGGCAAGGAAUAAUGAUCAGAGCAUUGCACUACUGCUGUGUAGACAUCUGUUGGCCAACCCAACCAUCAGAAAGAUCUUCUGUCUCUUGCCCUCUGACAUCUUUGACAGCAUCUUCUCACAGCGAGCUCCCAACCUCAUUGACUUUUAUCACAAGAAGAAGAACAACAGGAAUGUAAAGCACUUUGAGAACAAAUUCAAGAACAAGAAGCAUGCAGAGAGAGAGUUACAGUUGGAGAUAUUCAAAUUUUUGAUCGAGGAUGAUGAGAAGAUCAGUGAGGGCAAGUCAAUAUCAGAGCAUACCAUUCAAUGGCUUGAGAGGAUCAUUGAUAACAACAACAAUCACUCAAAGUACUUGGCACAAGGAAGGAUAUCAGAACCAACAGACUUUUUAACAUUGAACAACUUGUUCUACAUCAUUGUCCUCUACUUGGACACAUACCUCAUUGACAAGCGCAACGCAAGAGACUUCCCUGUAUCUGUAUUCUAUCAUGAUCAAUCAAGUAGACAGAGAGUUGGAGGAGUAUAUUCCUUCUUGAAGAAAUCAGUUAUAAUCAAGAAGUACAUUGACGAUCAGCAGCAGACAGAGCUCACACUGAAACAGAAGCUGUUCCAUCUGUCUGUUGACAUACUCAAGCUUGGCAUGUGUUCACAGAUAGCCAUCAUCAGACAGUUUGAGAUGAACACAUUCAUCGAGAGGAGGGAGUUGGACAGGACAUUGGAUCAUAGCGACUUCCUCAAGCUGAAAGACAACUUGGAGAUGUUCCAACACAAGAUUGAAUUCUUCAAGUUGGAGAUUGAGGAGAAGGUCAUGUAUUAUGAACAUCUUUGGAAUCACUUGGCAUUCGUCAUGGAGAUCAUUGAUGCUACGUGCGAAAGGAAGAUCUUUGAGUACCUGUUUGACUCGUACCUGUUGGUGCCGCUGUCAAUCUUUUGCCACCUCAUGAAGUGGAGCGAGAAGGACACCUUUGUCAAUGUCAACUACAAGACCACGGUGGCAGUCAUCACUCUGGUAUUCAAGAAACAUGGACAUAUUGUGGAUCGUGAGAUCAUGGCAGCCACCAUCGACACACUUUGCAACAUCCUCAAGCGACCAAUCUAUCACAAGACACUCUCAUCAAACCCUCAUUUCAAGACCUUUAUCCAGAACCUACUUAGAGGUCUAACAGAGAAUGAUGUUGACAUCUUAUCAUUCUUGUGUUCCAAUAGCUUUGAUCGCUUCUUGGAACACUUCAAGCAGAUAUGUCUGGAGAAUCCAGACUGUCUGCUCAAGCUCUUGAACAUCAUAUUCUCAAACGCAUCAGAGAACAUUAGUUCAAGAGUUGAGAUAUUGGCAAGACUUAGGAUGUUUGACUACCUAUGCGCCAACCUACCUCACCUGAUAGCAGAUAGUGAGACCUCUCUGUUGAUCACUGGUCAGUUCAUUAUGUAUAUUAUCGACAAGCUCUCUCUUCAUCCAGCUUCAACAGGAUCAGUCUAUUUCAUAACAUUCGCCAAACCAUCAAUCUUAAAGACAUUGGAGCUGAUACCAACAUCAAAGGAGGUCACCGCUCCAAUGUUGUCAGAGAUCAAGGCAUUGUUUAGAUCGAUACUGAAGCGACAGCAGGACGAGGAGACAUCCGAGGAGAAGGAGAACGAACCACAUCCAGACAGCAUAUGUAAUAUAUGCUACUCGUAUGAGGCCAACAUCAUGUUCAAUCCAUGCAAGCAUCGAUCAUGUCAACACUGCAUCACCAGACAGAUGCUCACCAAGAAGGUGUGUUUCUUCUGUCGUGAGGAGAUCCAAUCCACCGAGGCAUUGAGCGAGAAGUCAAUGCAACAACUUCAAUCCACCGAGCAGACUUAUUAA